AUGAAAACAUUUUUCUAUCAGAAGAGUCUUCCUCUGAAGAGAGGACCGAGCCGAAGGGGAAAGAAGAAAGCUGUGAGGAAAAACAAGCGAGGGCAUAACUCUCAUGGAAACGAGCCUUCAACUAGCGGGGACGCUAUAGUACGUGUUCGGUCCAGCGGAAAGAAAUCAAGAUCAGCCAAAGUCACCGCUCAAGAUCUUUUCGGCGUAGACUCCGAUGAUGGUGAAAUCAACGAUGUAACAUGUAAAAAUACAUCUCCUUUAGUAUCUUAUUUAACAAAACGGGUAACAAACGGCUUUUCACGACAAAUAAAGUUUGAUAAGCCUGGCAGUCAUUUUGUCGAAAUAAAAAUAUAUAAAUGCGAAGAAAUCGAGCGCGUAUCUCCGAUGAAUAGA